AAUUUCGGUCAUUUCGUCGGUUUCAAAAUUAUUUCCAAGUUUUCAAGACGGCUAUCUACUAUUUUUCAUAAAAUAUUAUCUGUGGUUCAUUAUCUAUUUUACCGCUGUAAUCAUUUAUCAGUAAUCACAAAUUAAAAUAUUCUCUGCUUUUGAAAUUUUGAAUGUUUCGUAAUGGCUAGUUAUUGGCUAACUGAAUUGUUUUUUUACUAUACAAAUCUUUAAGUUGUUACCUUCAUAGUUUAUGCAGAUUACUUAUUGACUCUAAUUUUGUUUUUCGUAGAUUUACUUAAUCAGUUGUAAUUUUUUCAAAACCUAUUGUAAAUGUAUAAAUAAAUUUGACAUUUUACAAUGCAUUCGGUGGAUGAUCGAAAUGUCUGGAUUAAUAAUAUUAUUGAUAAUCCUAAUAUUCGAUAUGAUACUAAACGUAAAAAAUUAAAGAAGGUUAUUAAAGAUAUGGUUUUUGAAAAUGCUGCCAUUUGUGAUGAAAUAUCGCGAAAUCAAGAAAAAUUAUUAGUUGUCCGAGAAGAAUGCAAGUUUUUAACCAAAAAGUUAAAGAUAUUUGAACCUGAAUUAGAUGUUCCUAUUACCACAACCACUGUAAAAAAAGCAACUCCAAGAAAAAAACCAACUACCAAUGGUGUAACACCUAAGCCAAGACGCCCUGCUGCUAAACAUAAAAAAAAUAUUAUUGAAGUCCAAGAACCAAUAACUAGUGGAAAUGUUACUAUUUUCAAUUUUGGAGAAAUUGUAUAUGAUACACCUUUUUACUAUUCAGACUGUGCAAUAUAUCCAGCUGGAUUUUAUGCAACUAGAACUUAUGCUCAUUUCAGAAAUAUAUUUUCUAAAUGCACUUAUCACUGUAAAGUUAUAAAAGCUGGUUCAUCUCCAAGAUUUGAAAUCAUGGAUCAUGAUAAACAUUUCAAAGUAACUGGUUUGAGUACUGAUGAAUGCCAUAGUCAUCUUAUAUCAUUAAUUAAUAAAUUGCUGGGUGCUGAUGACUUAAUACCUGCCAAUAGAAAUGGUGAUAGAUUUUUUGGAUUGACCUUACCUCCAGUCCGCAUGAAACUACAAGAAGCACCAGAAUCUAAAUUUUGUACGGGAUACAUUCCAUUAGAAUUACAGUUAGAUUGUCACGAAGCAGAAUUAAAGGCUGAAAGUGAUCCUGCCGUGAGUUUUGAAGGUCUUCAUAAUACAUUAAACAGAUUUCGAUCUAGGCAUUAGAAAGUGUUAUAAUAAUACCAGUUUUAUACUUAGGUGUAAAAUAAAAUAUGAUAAUUAAAUGUAAUUGUAUGAAACAAAUGUGUACAAUUCUAUCUCAUUAUAACAAAGAAUAAAUCAAUUCAUAAUUUUUGUA